AUGCUGAAGGGGAGCAAGCAGAAGGCACUGAGUGCGAAUAAGAAGGGGAAGAAGGAGCUUGCCCAGAGCGCCUCGGGCGCAAAGGACACCAACAUCUCGCAACAGCCCUCUGCCAUUGAACUUCUCUCAGACGAAAUCUUGUGCGCCAUCUUCGGUUGCCUGGACGACGGCAUCGAUCUCUGCGCCGUCGGUCUCGUGAGCCAGGCCUGGCGCCGCCUCGCCCACGAUGACACGUUGUGGAAAGGGCUGGCGGUCAAGCGCGGGUGGGCGCUGCCGGGUGGCGGCGCGGAAGCGGAGGCUGGAGCCGGUGGCGAGGACUCUAGUUCGCACGGGAAGGCCACGGCGGCGGCCAAGGGAGGCAAGCGCAGCAAAGACCACCAGCGGCACCGGCCCAGGGCCAGCCUGCAGCGGGCCAAGGCCAAGCUGAGCAACGACGACUCGUAUCUCACCAAGGGCCGCACCGUGGACGACGACGAUGACAACAACGACUACCGCGACGGCGACGACGGCGGCGUGGGCGGCGGCCGGUGGAAGGAGUGGUACGUGCAGACCCUGCAUCGGCGGGUGAAGCGCAGCAUGCGCGAGUGUGGGGGCGACGACGAAGAGGCUCGGUGGCGCCACAUCAUCGCCAACGACGCCGACAAUGACGACAACGCCGACGGCGACGAGCGCGACAGCGAAGAUGACGAUGGUGAUGGUGAUGGUGACGACGAUGUGGGGAAGAGGCAGCUGCGACGAGAGGCGCAGAACAGGCGCGAGGCGGCGGAGGAGCGGGUCGGGUCGUCGGGCAAGUCGUACAAGGUCGACACGGCGGCGAGCAGUCGGGAGGACUUCGUGCAGCUGGUCAAGGAGAAGGCCGCGCGGAGCCUCACCAAGGUCGAGAUACGCGAACAGGAGGUCGUGCUGGCCCAGUUCGCCUGGGACACGCCGGUUCAACAAUUCGGGGCGAACAAGGACGACCUCUACAUCGUCGGCGGAACGCCCUGGGGCCUCGUGAACUACAUGCUCACAGAGCUCUCGUCGCUCGACGACCCGAUGGUCACGCAGUUCCUUCUCACCCACCAGUCGUUUGUGUCCAGCGUUGAGGUGCUCCGCAUGCUCGAGGAAUACCUGUGCAUCAUGCCGAGGGGCUACUCGCGCGACUAUCAACUCCUGUGGCGCAAGCACAAGCUCGCGCCCGUCCAAAAUAUGGUUGUCCACGUUGUGAAGUGCUGGAUCAAAGAGCAGCCCUGCCAUUUCAGAACAGAUCCGGUGCUGGCGGCGCGCAUGCAGGAGUUCCUGGAGUCGCACCUCACCUUCCACCCGCUGGAGAAGGCCUUCCACCAGCUCCUGCAGCAGUACAUCGCCGCCCUCAAGCCCACCGACCCGCUGCGUCGAGUGGUCAUCACCCCGCGCGUGCACUCCGCCGUCGCCACGGCCACAGCCGCGUCUACCGCGUCGACCGAGGGAAAAGAAAACGACAAAGAAAAAGGAAAGGAAAAGGAGAGUGGUGAAAAGAGCGACGAGGGCGAGCCAGAGGCGGGUGGCGGGGAAGGCCCCAACUGGCGGCUGAUCGACCUGCACAAGACCAGGCACAUUGCUCGGCAGAUGGCCCUGAUCGCCUUCGAUCUCUUCGCGCAGCUGCCCCACGACGAGCUGCUCAACAUGCGGUGGAAGCACCAACCGAGCACGUGUCCGAAUGUGCGACAGCUGGUGGAUUUUUUCAACAUGGUGGCGGGCUACGUGGCCACGACCAUCGUGAUGGAGAGGAGCAUGAAGCCGCGCGUCAAGAUGCUGGAGAAGUGGGUCGACAUCGCCAACCACUCCUUCAAGAUCCAGGACCUCACAUCGACGCUCGCGAUCGUUUCUGGUCUGGGCUGUGCUGCGGUCCAUCGUCUGAAGAAGACCCGGCAGAACAUGUCCAAGUCGGCGGUGAAGACGCUCGAGGCUCUGACGCAGAUGUCGACCAGGCGGCGCCUGCGCGCCCUCGCGGAGACUAUGACGCCGCCGGGCGUGCCCUACUUGGGCAUGCACCUGGUCGACCUCAGCUUUGUGAGCGAUGGCUACACGCCGUUCCUCAACAUGGACUGGGGCGACAAGACCUGCGUCCACUGGUACUACCACUGCAUGAACGCGCUCGUCAUCAAAGAGGGCUUCAUCAAGACUGGAUUCCACUUCAAGCGCGACCCUGCGCUCAUCGAAACCCUGUGCUCGCUGCCCUAUCUCGCCACCGAAGACGCCUACCGCCACUCGCUCACCGUCGACGAAACCAUCGAGCAGUAG